UAAUGUGUUGCGCGGCGUAGGCACGUCAAACAGCCGCUGCUGGGGGUUGGUUUGUUGGAGAAGGCACAGACAGCAUUCAAGUCAUCUUGCACCACGCAUCCUCUCGACUUUAUUCUACUGCUCCGACACCUUCCAAUUCACUACAACCAGUCUUCAAAAUCUCAGCCAAGGAAGGCGGGGGAAUAAAUAAACUCAAUUCAAAAUGGCCGACAUCGACCUCCAGCAAAUCCAUGACACGCUGCUGUCCGUCGCCUUCGAGGCGGGCCGCAUGAUCUUGGCCGCGAAUCCCCACGACAUCUCGACGGGGACAAAGAUGAACUCGGCCGACAUCGUCACCGAGACGGACCAGGCCGUGGAGAGCAUGGUGUCGACGAGGCUGCGGCGUGCGUACCCAUCGUUCCAGUUCGUCGGUGAGGAGACAUUCGUCGCCGGCAGCACGCACAUCACAGACGCGCCGACGUUUGUGGUGGACCCCAUCGACGGGACGACCAACUUCGUGCACGGGUUUCCGCACGCGUGCAUCAGUCUAGGCUUCGUCGUGGGCCGCGUGCCGUCGGUUGGCGUCGUCUACAACCCCUUCCUCGACGUGCUGUACACGGGCGUGCGCGGCGGCGGCAGCUUCGUACAGCGCAACGCCUCGCUGGCCGGCACGCCGGCAGCCGGCCCGCGCCAGCGCCUACCCCUGGCCGGCGGCGCCGCGCUCGGCGACCUGAGCUCGACGCUCGUGGCCGUCGAGUGGGGGUCGCAGCGCGACGGCGAGAACUUUGAGCUGCGCGCCCGCGUGUUCCGCGCCCUGACGGCCAGCAAGCAGAACGGCGGCGGCAGCAUGGUCCACAGCCUGCGGUCGCUGGGUUCUGCCGCCCUGAACCUGUGCGCCUGCGCCGCCGGCCAGGUCGACAUCUACUGGGAGGGCGGCUGCUAUGCCUGGGACGUCGCCGCCGGCUGGUGCAUCCUAAACGAGGCCGGCGGGCGCAUGGUCAGUGGCAACCCCGGCGGCUGGGAGACGCAGCUCGACUCGCGUGUCUACCUGGCCGUCCGCGGCGCCAGCAGCGGCCAGGAGGCCAUCGUCGAGGAGUUUUGGAAGGUCAUUGGUGACGGCAAGAUGGAGUACAUGCACUAGUGAUACGCUUUGUAUCUGCCAGCUGCACGUUGGAGGCUGCCUGCGGUCUGCAACACGCUCGAGCAUCGCAAAGGCUGAAGGUCGGAUCUCACGGAAGAAAGUUAGUUCUCCUGUAAAAUAAACGGAAAGCGACUCGUAGGGCAUUCCGUCGAGUCCUCUCUAGCCCGAGCCCACUCGCUUUCUUCCGCAUUCAGGGCGCGGGGGCGGCGUU